AAACAGAAGGAAUCCAAUUGGAAAUUCGUGGAAGAACUUCUUAAAAAAUCCACUGAUACUCAGACUGUUGUAUUAGAGGAGCACUUACGAAUGCAUCUUCAGUGCUCUUUGACUUUGUGUAGUUUCUGGGACUUGAACCUAUCUAUUGUCACCAUACUCUGGGAUUAUUACAGCAAGAACCUGAACAGUUGCUUUACUGUUCCUUGGCUUGGUCUGAAGGAUCUGGCAAAUAUUAGUAAAACUUCUUUGUCAAUGUUUGAGUUGGCGAAAAGUUGCUGUUGUGAACAGCAGAUCCCUGCCCUGUACAAGUCCAGCAACAGUUACUUCAUUUUUCUCAUCAUUCUGGCACGGAUGAUGAAGGAAGCAGAAAACGGCGGCGUCCAUCCUUGGAAACAAAUCAAAGGACGAAUUUAUUCCAAGUUCCAUCGGAGAAGAAUGCAGGAGCUGACAGAAGUGGGACUGCAGAACUUUUUUAACCUGUUCCUCAUGCUGGCCAUUGUUGCGGAGACAGAAGAUAUAGUGAGUCGAGUGUCAGAUCUUCUGGAUUUCCUGACUCCAUCCUCUGUCACUGUGUCUCAGAGAGCUCUUAUCUGGAGAGGUCAUUUUGCCUUCCUUUUGAUUUAUGUUGAAAAGAACAUGGAUAUUAGUGUCCUGGCUGAGAAACUCUCAAAUGCUUUCCAUGAGAAAGCAAAGGAGUUUUUAGUGACCAAAAAUGACUACGCACAGAAACGGAAUCUCUGGACUCUCCUUUCGACCUACAUUGAUGGUGUCCAAGAAGUGUUUGAGAUGAGCUGCUACCUGAGCCUUUCUGAGGAAAAGUUGCUAAAUGAUGGAUUUACUAUGCUGCUGCCUGCUUGUCGAGGAGCCGAACUGAGUAUGGUCUUAAACUUUCUUCAGGUUGUUCUAGCCAGACUUCGGAGUGUGCACAAACGUGUGAGCCAGGGACUUCAGCCGGGGAACGCGGCCGCAGAGGCGCAGCUUCCAUCGGCGGCUAAAGAGCACCACCUUGCUGUCGCCAACGCUCUCUGGAGAAAUUUUUUUCCCUACUUGAAGAGCCAGAGAAUGUCACAGAUGCCACCUUCCCCACAGCUCGCUGAUACAGCCGCAGGUUUUACUCUCUUAGCUUUGGAUAUGCCCAGCAAAGCCCUCUCAGAUCUCCAGCCACAGCCUGUCCUGUCAAUGAUGCAGCUGUUUGGAUGGGAUGACAUGGUGUGGCCUCAACUGGUGUCAAGAUAUCUAAGUCACCUAAUUGAAAACAGUGCACUCUGUGAGGCUUUCUCUAGUAUGGGAUACACAUCCUACGAAGCUUUGACGGUACGUUCUUGGUUUCGAUGCAUUUUGCAAAUGUUCAUAGAUCAACCGAGUGGCAUGCUGGCCAAGACAGAUGCUGAGCGAACAGUUGGGAAAGCCUAUAUGGAGCAGCUGACUGAACUGACAAGACUGAUUUUUAAACUCUCGGAAGUAGAAAACAUUCUUUCCAAGGCUCAUGGUGAAGAGUCAGUUCUCAAGCAAGACCCUAAAUAUGCUCUUGUCCAGUUCAUUAAGGCUGUUGGUAAAACUUACAGUGGCCUUCAGACUCUCCCUGAGAAAUCUGCCAUGGUAGCAAAGUCUCUGGAGUAUUUAGGUGAUGUAUUAAAGUAUGUAAAACCUUAUCUGAAGGCAAAAGGACCUCCAGAAGGUCUGCAGCUUACGUAUUGGAUCAUAGGAUGUCUAGUAAAGUUCUGGGCACCGAUACUGGCAACUUCCAAAGCGCAGCAACUCUUGUUCCGCAUCGUGGAUUGCUUACUGCUGCCGCACUCUGUGCUCCAGCAGGACAAAGAGCUGCCUGUGGCUCUGCUGUCUGCUAUUCAGGAAAGCCUGCCUCUUUAUCUUCAGGGCCUGUCCUUUAUAUGUUGUCAGUCUCAAACGCAGGGUGCAUAUUUAAAUCAACUGCUUGGGAGCAUAAUUCAACAGUAUUUUGGACGAUUUCUCCAUUCUUCUCCGACUGCGCUCGGAGCCAGACAGCAUCCUAUGCUGACUGCUUUGUGCAGUUCCAUUACAGCCCCACAGAUGCUCCAUUUACGGAAGACCACCCUACACAUCAUAAAUGAGAACUACCUGCACUUCAAAGGUAACGCUCCACCUCCUCGCUUGGCCUCCGUUCUUGCUUUCAUUCUUGAAGUACUUCAGCGAACGCAGAGCACUGAGCUCUGUGACGUUGACUUGGUUCUCCCGGCUGUGUUGAAAUGCAUGGUGUUGGUUAAUGAGCUGCAAGUUAAAAAAAUAUCUACAGACAUUGUACAGUACAUGGUAGAACACUGCCAAGCAGGGUCAGGAGGAGAACGUGCCACCCAGAUGACUUCCGUAUUUAGGCAGUUUAUCCAGGACUAUACCGCCGUGUAUGAUCACCGGGUUUUCAGCAUCCUAGAAGCAGUGGCAGUCUUGGAUCAGACAUUAGUUACCAGCCUGAUUCCCACAAUCACACAGUCUCUGAAGGAUUCGGAGCACAAACAAGGUCUUGGAAGAAAUGCUGCACAGAGAGAAGCCUAUAAGAGACUCUUAUCUUACCUCGCAGAGGCUGGACAAAAUGAGAUACAAAAACUGGAAAAUGAGACAGGUUAGCAGUGUGCUGGUG